CUGUAAAAAAUCACACUUUCGAUGGUAGCAACGUAAGGACAGAUACACCACAGUGUUUCUCACUCAUCGUGACGCCGCGGACAGUGUGGCGUGAUAUUAGGAAUUCGAAUCGAUUGAACUUUGUACAAAUAGUUAGUCUUGCCCUCUCACUUGCACCUCUACUAUAACGGAGCCAUUCGACGAAAGAAGAGUGAAACAACACUAUAAAGUCGAGCCGUGAAAAACGCUCGACGAUCAAAGCUCAAAGGGAUGGUACCAAAAUGGACAUGGAUCGUUGUUAAUCUCUUUAUAUGCGCUAUAGCUACGCUACACGAUGAUAAUGCCAAAGCUACUAUAGAAUUAACGGAACUCGGUUAUGAAGAUAUUUGUAAUGAUGCUGCUACUGCCGAAUGGUUAUUCAUCAAUUCGUUGUCAAAUGAGACAACAUAUACAACAUGGGAAGAAAAACAAAUACAAUACGGAAAUUAUAAAAAAAUUCAAAGAGAAGAAAUUCGCAAUAUUUCCAAAAUGAUUCUAAGCGAUCCCUUACUUGCGUAUAAGUAUAAUGUUAUUGAAAAACCAGGUGAUGCUUUACUGGACGAAAAAGAUUUCGAAAAGCUGGUGCACUUUGCUAGUAGUGCUGAAGCUUUACGAUCGUCUGUUAAGUACAUUGAUGAAACAAAUAAUUAUUCGCGCGAAGGCGUUGAACGAUUACUGUCGCAUAAUGGACGCGAGAAGGAUAAACGUGAUGCCUGGAAAUCUUGGUAUCAAGAAUUAAAUCCACUUGUUAGGAAUUUCUCUUACAUUCUUUCGCUCGCUGAAAAAGCUGCAAAAGCAAAUGAUGUGGAUAAUGUGGAAGAAUAUUGGGAAAUGUUAUCAAUAUAUCCAGAAGGUUAUGAAAAUAUCAAAGCAGAGUGGAAUAAAAUUUCAGGUCUUCAUAAAAUCGUACUAGAAUUUGUUCGAACUCAUCUAUCCCACAAAUAUGGAAUUAAUUUAACUGAAACUAUCCCAGCUCAUUUACUUGGAUCACUACAAGGAUAUGAUUGGAGUACUUUUUCUAUAGAUAUGUCGCCAUAUUCGGAAAUAACAUAUAGUAUAAGAAAGAAUCUGUGGAAAAAAAAACUCUUUGGAAAAUCUCUAUAUAAAGCAGCAUCCAAUAUGGGCAGUGUAUUAUUAGGUCAAGUACCACAAUCUGAUUUUUGGAGUAAAAGCCAAUUUCAUUGGCAUUGCCCACCUAAGCUAAUAAACUUUUGUAAAGAUGGAAUUACACGAAUAUCCACUUGUUUCGAACCAACUAUCGCAAACUUUCUCUUAACCCAUAAAAAUAUUGGAAAAAUCCUAUUUCAACAAAUGUCUGUUCAAAACACUCCAAUUCUCAAUAUAGCUAACAGAUAUUCUGUUUUAGAAGAGGCCGUAUCUGAAUUAUUUGGAAUUUUAUCUGUUAGUCCAGUAUGGUUACAACGUAAUCAUUUGAUUUACAAUAUAAGCGAUACAGAUCAAAAAAUUGUUUCUUUGAUGAUCACUGCAUUAGAUGUAUUGCCACGGUUAGCAUAUUAUAUAUCUGCAGAUGUAUGGAGAAUCAAUGCUAUAGAAAAUAAUAUUACAGACUCAACAGAAUUGAUAAAAUCUUGGUGGAAACAUAGAUAUGAAUUUGAAGGAAUUAGUGAACCUGAAUCUAUGAAUGUUCCAACAUUUUUAAAUGAUGAAUAUAUCACAAAUAAUAAGCCAUAUCUUUCUAAAUUUGCUGGAGUACUUCUUGCAUUUCAAAUUUAUGAUUAUAUUAUGGAAUCUACUGAAGUUAGAUAUGAUAUUACUACAAAAAAAAUAAAUUCAAAUUUAAUAAAAUUAAUUCACCAAGGAUCAGCAGAAAAUUGGAUAGAUGCAUUGAACAAAUUAUUUGAAAUAGAUGAUAUAUCAAUAUAUUCCCUUACAUCUUUCUUCUCACCAUUAGAAAGUUUUAUUGAGGAAAUAAAUGAAGAAGAGAUUGAUCAUAAUUUUAAAUCUAAUGGUGAUGCUGAGCUUGAAGAAGUAGAACGAAUAAUUAUUGAAGAAAUGAAUGCUCCAACCACAACACCAACUACAACUACAACAACAACAAAAAUCCAAAGUAACUUAUCAACAACAACAAAAUAUACGCAGAAAAGCCUUAAUGGUUUUGCAAAAUCUGCGAAACCUGUAGAAUCUGACUUAUCUUUUAAUAUCCAAGCUGAUAAACCAAAAAGUGAUACAGACUCUGAAACUAAACAAACAACUGUAAAUCCUUAUGAGCAAUCGUUUGACUUCGAUAAUUUAGAAAAUGAAGAUGAAAAGAAACCAAAGAUGCAUACUAGUAAGGCAGUAUGGGCAGUUGCAGCAGUUCUUGUUGCAACAGUAACUAUAUGUGUUAUUGCAAUAUUUGGUAGACAAAGAUGUCGUAAAACAUCUAAAAAUAGGCGCUAUGUUUAACAUUACUAUUAACAAUAUGGCAAAAUAUUUAUUUUUCGCAUUUAGCAUGUAAGUAUCUCUUGACUCAUGUAAGUUAUUAUCACAAACAAAAUCUAUUCAGGAAUAGAUUAAUUUUUUACUUACAAUCUUUCAUACAAACACAUACAUUCCCUAAUUCUUUCUGUUUUAUUUCAAGAAAAGUUUUAAAAAAUUUAACAUAUCUCAAUUUUAUAAUAUAUAAAAAAUAAUUCUAAUUAUAGGAAAAAAUAAAUUUAUAUAUUCAUAAA